AUGCCUGAUUCCAGCUCUCGCCCCGCAUCCCGGUCACCCGUCCAUGGUCAGAGCCAACCUCGCAAUUCAUUUCCCACGGCAACCAGACGCAUAUCGAACAGGCGGCAUGACUCGAGGGCCUCUGCACUAUCUGCGUCCACGGAAGAGUCCUUCAACGACACCGAAGAUGGUUCCGAAUCAGCAGCGCCGGCGCAGACCAUCCGAGAUGUGUCGCAAGCCUUCCGCUCCGGUCGACCGAGCCCUUACCAUAUGGCGGUCGUGACGCUGCUCGGCAGUCUAGCGAGUGGAAUGCCGCUCGCGUCCAUGUUCAAGGUGUACACCUACAUCAUGUGCGAGGUGUACGACCCCACCAUCCGAGACGAGCCCAUUGGCCACGGCGGCUCUUUUUUCCUCAGUGCGGUCCGAAACUUGUUCCUGACAACGGGACCGGCCAUCGAGACAACCAUGAAGCUGCCACCAGCACCGGAGCUCCCGAAUCCGCCCCGAUGCUCGCUGCCUUGGGUUCAGAAGUCGACAUCGUCCUACUCAGCUGCUAUGGUCACGGUAGGCGCUCUCCUCGGUCUCAUGACGCUCUCGAGAGCUUCGACCCUUUCGCGGCGAUUCGGACGCAAGCCGCUCUUGCUGAUCGCGCAUGCCGUCAUUGCAUUGGCGAUUCUCGUUUUCAGGUUCGCGGUCGUCCUGCCACCGGUCGCCGGUGCUGUCGUCCUAUACUGCGCUGUCGUGUUCUCGGAAGCCUCGGCGGGCGCACCGCUUCGUAUUGCCAUUCAGAAUUAUGUCGUCGACACUACGUCAGAAGCGCAACGAGCCGGCGCGCUCAGCUUCAUCGAAGGUUUCGGUCAGAUCGGCGCCUUUCCGUCGAGCGCUCUGGGCGGACUGCUCGCCAGCCUUACGAACGAGUUCUUCGCACCGUUCUACGCCGACUGCGGCUUGAUGCUGCUCGCCGUCGCAUACAUUCUGCUGCUCGUCCCGGAAAGCAAGCCAGGGGCCGAGCACACCUUCGUCGACCAGUGGCUGCAUUCGGACGAAGUCGAAUCUGGUUCAUCGCAAGAAGAUCAGGAAGUCCCUUCACCCGCCGUAGAAGGGGACCAGGAUGGCGAGCAAGACGAUUCGCACAUGACAUGGCCGACGGUGCAUUCGGAUCGCGACACUUCCAAGCUUCAUUGGCGGUCGAGGCUGCGCAAGCUCAACUUUCUGCGUCCGCUCGUCAUCUUUUGGCCCCAGCGAAGGCACUAUACACCGACAACGGAGCAGGAUAUCAUCAAUGCCCCGUUGCAACGUUCGCGUGAUCAGAGGCAAGACCAGGAUCGAGACGACUUGAAUCGAGGACAGCACACUGAGCUGACCCCUGGCAUGCAUAAGCUGGAAAGCAGGAUGGACUUUCGUCUGCUCAACCUCGCCGCUGUGGUGGUGUUCGAAGAGACCUACCAGGCCUUCAUGGUGCCGCUGCUGCUUUUGUACAACAGCGAGCGAUUCGGAUUCGACGUGUUGCAGAAUGGGUACUUGGUCAGCGUGCUGCAGAGCACGCGAGCGCUCUUCCUCACCGCCAUUUUCCCUCCCGGAGUUGCGUUGGCGAGGCGAUAUGUAGCCAAGCUUGGACUGGCUCGGCGUCGCAAGCAGAUCAAGAAGCUGAAGGAGGCCGCUCGACAGCAGCGCCGAAAGGCUCGAGGAGGGCAGAGCGGCGACGGAGGUGCCGCAGACAGAGACGAGCGCUCGCCCCUGCUUCGAAACGGCUCCAGCAGUCAGUACGACGGCAUCACAAGUCGAGACUAUGGUCGAGCCAGCAGCGAUGAUGCUCGUAUUGGGGGCGAGGGCGAGUCGAGACAGGCGCGGCGUCGCCCUUCGUACAAGUCGACCGCCUCGCCGAGCUACUCGAAGUCGAAAAGCAACCAGCGAAGUUCCAUGGCCUCUGGAUUUUCGGUGGGCAGCCGCAACUGGGAGACACACUCGAUCUUUACCAGUUCGGCGUCGGACCUGAUCAAGCGGAUCCAGCGGGGCAAGCUCGACAUUUCGAUCAUGGUCGCCUCCUAUCUCUUGGCCACGGCAUCGUUCCUGGUGAUGGCAAGCUCUGCGAAAGCACCUACCACGUCGCCUCGGCCGAGCAGCUCUGCAUCUGAGGAGGGUAGGCAAGGACUUUGGUGGUCCAGUCCAUGGAUCCCGCUGGUGCUCUCGGUGGUGCUGCUGCAAAUCUCGUCUGGCUCGACAUCGGUCCGGACAGCGUUGGUGGUGAAUGCCGUCUCGGAGGACGACCAGACGAAAGCAUUGGCAGCACAUCAGAUUUUGGUGACGGUGGUGGCGGCAGUGGUCCCGCUACUGACUUCCUUCGUGUUUGGCGUCGCUCUCGAAAGAGGACACCCAGAGAUGGUGUGGCUGUUUAAGGCCAUGUUUGCGGCGCUUGCGGCUGUUGGCGCUGUGGGCCUGUUCUGGAGUCACAAGGGAUUCUACGAGAAGGCGCACGAUGAAGAGGACGAGCAUGACGAUGAUGAUGAUGACGAUGAGGACGGAGAAGGAGAAGGAGAAGAGAGGAGAUAG